GACCCACUCCUCCCGGUCUCCGACCACGUGCUCCGGCACGCCGCCGCCAUCGAUUCCCCAGAUCCCAGCGCCACGCCAAAGCCGCGACGACCGCGACGCCGUGGCCAGCCCACAAGCAGCCAAAAACAACCCACAAAUUUUUGACAGGUUGUUCCGAUACCAACCAAGCCCAGCAGCUCCAGAGCUUCUUCCGUCCAGUAAAAACUCCCCCCACGCCCUCCCCGUCCGUCGCGAGCCGUCCGAAUCGCCCGCCCCGGCCGGGAUCCGGCGCGCGAUCCGAUGCUCUCCGGCGACCAGGACCUCCCCGACGGCAUCGGGAUGGCGCGGCUGGCCUGGACGCGCCUCCCCACCGCCGACGGGUCCGCCGCCGCGUCCGCGUCCACCUCCGCGCCCCAGGACGAGCUCUUCGUCGGCGCCGUCGAGAGCCUCGACUACGAGGUCAUCGAGAACUACGCCUACCGGGAGGAGCAGGCGCAGCGGAGCAAGUUCUGGGUGCCCUACUACAUCAUGCUCAAGUGGUUCUUCGCUCUGCUCAUCGGCGUCGGUACUGGAUUGGCUGCUAUAUUCAUAAAUCUGGCUGUCGAGAACUUUUCUGGAUGGAAAUUUACUCUGACUUUUAAAAUAAUACAGCACUCGUACUUUCUGGGGUUCUUGGUGUACAUACUUCUCAAUCUAGCCCUCGUCUUCUCUUCUGUAUACAUAAUCACACAGUUUGCACCAGCAGCUGCUGGAUCUGGUAUUCCGGAGAUCAAAGGUUACUUAAAUGGGGUUGACACGCAUGGAAUACUCCUUUUUAGGACAUUAGUUGGGAAGAUUUUUGGGAGCAUUGGAUCGGUUGGAGGUGGAUUGGCUUUAGGAAAAGAAGGUCCUCUUGUUCACACUGGGGCCUGUAUUGCUUCACUUCUUGGACAAGGUGGAUCCGCGAAGUACCACUUGAAUUCUAGGUGGGUGCAGAUUUUUGAAAGUGACCGAGAUCGGCGAGACCUUGUGACAUGUGGAUGUGCAGCUGGAGUUGCUGCCGCCUUCAGAGCUCCGGUUGGUGGGGUACUAUUCGCCCUGGAGGAAGUAACAUCCUGGUGGAGAAGCCAUCUUAUGUGGAGAGUAUUCUUUACAUCUGCUGUUGUGGCUGUUGUGGUGCGAUCAGCCAUGAAUUGGUGCAAUAGCGGAAAGUGUGGUCAUUUUGGUGCUGGAGGUUUCAUUAUCUGGGACAUAUCUGGAGGCCAAGAAGAUUACUCUUACCAGGAACUUCUGCCUGUGGCGAUUAUCGGUGUUAUUGGUGGACUUCUUGGAGCACUAUUUAAUCAACUCACCCUGUAUAUAACUAAAUGGCGGCGAACAUAUCUUCAUAAGAAAGGGAAACGAGUCCAGAUUUUUGAAGCUUGCCUCAUAUCUUUGAUAACAUCCACCGUUUCCUUUGUGUUGCCACUACUGAGGAAAUGCAGUCCUUGUCCUGAAUUAGAAGCUAAUUCUGGUAUCCAAUGCCCUCAUCCACCUGGAACAGAUGGGAAUUUUGUUAAUUUUUACUGCUCAAAAGAUAAUGAGUACAAUGAUCUAGCAACCAUUUUCUUCAAUUCUCAGGAUGAUGCAAUACGUAAUCUGUUCAGUGCAAAAACAUUCCACGAGUACAGCGCACAAAGCCUUAUCACUUUUCUGGUCAUGUUUUACUCCUUAGCUGUUGUAACAUUUGGAACUGCUGUUCCAGCGGGUCAGUUUGUUCCAGGAAUAAUGAUUGGAUCUACAUAUGGCCGGCUUGUUGGAAUGUCUGUUGUUAAGUUUUAUAAGAAACUAAAUGUUGACGAGGGCACGUAUGCUCUACUUGGUGCUGCUUCAUUUCUUGGUGGUUCGAUGAGAAUGACCGUAUCUUUAUGUGUUAUUAUGGUUGAGAUUACAAACAACUUGCAACUCUUGCCACUAAUAAUGCUUGUUCUUCUAAUCUCAAAGGCUGUUGGUGACUUCUUUAACGAAGGGCUAUAUGAAGAGCAAGCCCGAUUAAAGGGAAUCCCCUUGCUUGAUUCUAGGCCUAAGCAAAUAAUGAGAAACAUGAGUGCAAGGGAUGCCUGCAAGAAUCAAAAGGUUGUAUGCCUUCCUCGUGUUUCAAGAGUUGUCGACAUUAUCUCUGUUUUGCGAAGCAACAAUCACAAUGGUUUCCCUAUUGUUGAUCGUGGGCAGAAUGGCGAGCAACUUGUCAUAGGUCUCAUACUUCGUAGUCACUUAUUGGUGCUUUUGCAAUCUAAAGUAGAUUUCCAGAAUACCCCUUUCCCUUGUGGACCAGGUGUACUGAACAGGCACAAUUUUAGCGACUUUGUUAAACCACCAUCAAGUAAAGGGAAGUCAAUCGAUGAUAUUCAUUUGACGGAUGAUGAGCUUGGUUUGUAUUUGGAUCUAGCUCCAUUUCUAAAUCCUUCUCCUUACAUAGUGCCAGAGGACAUGUCUUUGGCAAAGGUGUACAACCUCUUCCGCCAACUAGGGCUGAGGCAUAUAUUUGUUGUUCCUCGGCCUUCUCGUGUCGUAGGAAUGAUAACAAGAAAGGAUCUGUUACUUGAGGAGGAUGGGGAUAUUGCGACAACAGAGCUCCAGUCGACUGUAAGAGCUCACCUGAACGGUAAAACGCCAGGGGGAAACCCACAUCUCCAGCGUCCUCUUCUUGACAGUCUGAUGAUUGAGUAGUAAAUACAUAGCGCAAUACGUCAGAAGAUAAUUUUGAUAGCAAGCAGUUAACCUUCCACCGCAUGUUGGGGGCACCAUCAGAACCUUGGAGGCACACAAACCAAGCAACACUGAAGGGAUGAGAGAUGCAACAUAGGAUGGAUCCUCCAAGGUUGAUGCAACAGUAGGAUAUCCCAUGUGUUGGGUGACUAAUUAGGUGAUUGUAAGUUCGCUAGAAAUGUUUAUAGACUCACACUCACUCAUGGUGGUCAUAUCCACCAUUCAUGUGUACUCACGAGAAAUUCAUUCGAGGGAACUUGCGUCGCAUUGCUUUC